AUGGCAAUGGAGGACAGUGAUGCCGACCUUCUGGCUUCCUAUGUCAACUUGAAGUCCUUGGUGCCGGGCAUCGAUGAAAUGAUCAACGAGGAUUCAAAAGUGCCGCGCUUACCACCGGCUUGCGUGCAAGGCUUCCUGUCGAAUGGCCUGACAUAUUUCGUUAUGCAGAACCGUGAACCCAAGUCACGCGCGGAGCUGUUCUUGGUUGUCGGUUUCGGGUCUUUGGUGGAGGAUGACGAGGAGCGUGGAAUCGCCCACAUCAUCGAGCACUUGGGGUUUUCCGCGACCAAAGCAUACGAAAAUCAUGCCAUCGUGAAAUUCUUGGAGUCCAUCGGGGCACCUUUUGGUGCAUGCCAGAAUGCGUACACCAGUUUUGACCGGACGGUGUACACGCUUCACGUGCCCACCGACAAAGACGGUAUAGUGGAAGAGUCCCUGAAGGUGUUGCGGGAAUUUGCGUAUUUCACUCGCAUUUCGGACGAAGAUUUAGAAAAGGAGCGGAAAGUUGUCCUCGAGGAAUGGCGCGAAAGCAGGAAUGCCCAGGGUCGCCUCAGUGAGCGGUACAUCCAGGCGCUUUGUGGUCCUGGUUGCAGAUAUUGUGAACGACUUCCAAUCGGGAAAGAACACAUCAUCCGGGCAGUGUCAUCCCAAACUCUUCGACAAUUCUAUCAAAAGUUCUACCAUCCAGCACGUAUGGCUCUAGUUGCCGUGGGUGACUUCGAUGCACGUUUUGUGGAGAUGCGAAUCAAGGAGCUCUUCGACAUUCCUCCCGAGGACAUCUCUCCACUGCCCCGAUGCCCAGUGUCUGCAGCACCUGAGCGUCCGAGGUACACCGUGCCAAACUCUCAGGGCGUUCGUGUGGCUAGCAGCACAGACCCGGAGCUCAGUUUUGCGCAGAGCAUGAUCGAUUGCAAACGGCCGCGUAUGCCCGUCCGCUUUGUCCGUGAUGUUCGCCGGCGGAUGACGGAAGACCUUUUCCACCGUGCCUUCAGUGCAAGGUUGCUGAGGCUGACGUUGCAAGGCCCUUUGGAAGGAGGUCCGCGGGACUUCUUCUCUGCGGGCACAGACACGUCGGACCCUUUGCCAGCCCUGAGCCCACUGAGCGCGAGCCUGGCCCCCUUGCCGGGCCGCGUUCGCCCAGCUAUCGCCAGCUUGCUCAGGGAGCUCGAGCGCAUUCGCCGAUUUGGCUUUCACAACGCGGAGGUGCUGCGGGCGAAACGAUCUAUGCUUGCAGAGUUCGAGGAGGAGUACAUUGAGCGUGAGCAGCGGCCAUCCGACGGCUUUGCAGAAGAGCUGACUAGCUUGUUUUUGGACGAGGACCAUGCUCCUGGCGUGGAGGAUCGUGCACGCUUGGCGUCGGUCUUGCUGCCCCGAAUAUCCAGCGAGGAGGUGUCAAACAUUUCCAAGUUGUAUAUCUUCGAGGACAACGUCGUGGUGAAAAUUGCUUCUCCAUGGCAAGAAUUCAAUGUGCCGGGCAUUACCGGGCCACAUCCUAUCGCUUGCAGUUGUUGUCUCGCGGAUGGCAGGGGCUUCGCUGCAGCAAGCUUUGCAUAG